UAAUUUAAAAAAAAGUAAAGACGAGUUGCUUUUUUCCCUUUUUGGGGAAAUGUCUUGAACGCCUCAAACGUUGAAACGGUUUAAGUGAAACAGGGAGGAGCUGGUGGUUAUUAUCGCGGAUGUGAACACACAUUUAUGCACUUUGGUUUGAGUUGACGCUGGCCGUUGCUGAGCAGGAUGAUUGAUGUGCGAGCAUGGGCAGAGUAUGUUGUGGAGUGGGCUGCCAAAGACCCCUACGGUUUCCUCACCACCGUCAUAUUGGCUCUGACCCCUCUGUUCAUCGCCAGCGCGCUGCUGUCCUGGAAACUGGCCAAGAUGAUCGAGGCACGUGACCGCGAACAAAAGAGAAAGCAGAAGCGUCAGGAAAACAUAAACAAGGCCAAGAGGAAGAAAGACUGAAGGCGCCGGAGGAACGGGGGGGUCGCGAUGGGGGGAUGAAGGAACCGAGCGAGCUCGUCCCAGCCCUACUGUCAACAUCGGGCUGCUACGCCUCAUGUCCAAGAGGAAGGACGCUGGCCCCUUGGACUUGACAGUGGACAGUGCUGUCCCUGUGGGACUCUGGUCAGCAGGAGCCCGGUGGUCCCCUGGUUCACUUUUUCUACAGAGAUCUCUGGUUUUAUCUGUGCAGCAGCUAAAACGUUGCAUUCCAUAUUAACAUCCCUGGUCUCCUGAAUUAACAUGAUAAUAAUGAUGAUGAUGAUUAUUGGAAGAUAUCUUGUAUGAGUUACUUGCUACCAAAACUCAAACUUUCUGAUCAAUAAAAUGUUCAUGGUUAAUAGAAUUAAAUGCCUUUAAUAAUUGGUUCUUUUGAUCCUGUACAUCACAGAUCUGAAUGAAGAUAUACUUUGAAAAAUAUUUCUAAAUAAAUCCAGGUGGAGAUAAAAUCGA